UUCUCAUCGCCCAAACUGUGUCUUCAGCUUGCGGUGUUCCAGGCCCUGGCAGCGCCUGGAAAUUGCAAAAGAUGAUAGAAUUACUCAUUGCCAUUCUCUCUCUUUCAAAUGCUGCCUCUGCGUGGAAUACGAGUGACGUGCUCAAUGUUACGGAGUUAUUUAUGGAGUUUUCUCUUGUCGAGGCGAAUAAUUCUGCUACGGAAGUUGGUCUCAGCAAGGAACGCAAAGCUCUCGAAAUGCUCUGGUUGUUUUUUGAGGGAGUUUUGGAUGAUAGAGAAUUUGUCAAGAAUGUUAGCAGGAAAGACAUAGAAGAAGUUAUCUGGACGACGGAAGCUAGGAAUGAUGAAGAGGUGAUUCUGUAUGCUUUCCUCACAUGA